CAGCGGUAGUGGGACGCAGAGGCCCUAGCGUCCCGGAGCUGUGGGCAAGCCCAGACCUCCUCCUGGCCUGUUUCUCCUCAUCUGUGAAGUGCUUCCUAAGGUUGUCGCCAGAAACAAAUGAACAAACGCAGCUGCAGCUCACGGCAUACAGAAAGCACUCGGCAGACAGACAUGGUACUGUUCUUCCAGAAGCGGGGGAAGCGGCAUGACGACGACGUGCUGGGCAAUGCUGUGGACUUCCUCCUGGCCAAUGCCCGCCUGGUGCUGGGCGUGGGCGGGGCUGCCGUGCUGGGUAUUGCCACCCUGGCUGUGAAGCGGCUGAUUGACAGGGCCACCAGCCCUCGGGAUGAAGAUGACACCAAGGGGGACAGCACAUGCCUGGAGGACAGUUGGAAGGAACUGAGCCUGCUCAAGACCGCUCCACGCCUACAGUCCCGGUCCCCACCUGCUGCCCUUAGCCAGCCUGUGCUGCUCCCCGCCCGCUUGCCCUCUGCCCACGGGCCCGCAGACGCUAACCCGCCGCCGCCGCCGCCUCAGCGUGGCCUCCCAGCACCGCUGUGCCUGACGUUCCAGGAGAAGCUGCUGCUGUUCGAGCGGGACCACGUGACCACCGCAAUGUCCCACGUGGCUCUGGCCAAACAGUUGGCCGGCGACAUUGCCCUGGAGCUCCAGGCCUACUUGCAGAGCAAGUUCCCUGAACUGCCCUUUGGGGCGCUUGUCCCCGGGGGGCCGCUCUAUGAUGGCCUGCAGGUGGGGGCUUGCUCCGACCAUGUGCGCCUCCUGGCACCCCUGAUGCUGGAGCCGGGCCUGUGGAGCCUGGUGCCAGGCGUGGACACUGUGGCCAGGGACCCUCGCUGCUGGGCUGUGCGCAGGACACAGCUUGAGUUCCGCCCCCGGGGAAGCAGCCCCUGGGACCGCUUCCUGGUGGGCGGCUACCUCUCUUCCCGCGUCCUGCUGGGGCUGCUCCGCAAGGCACUGACGGCCUCCGUCAACUGGCCAGCGAUUGGCAGCCUGCUCGGGUGCCUGAUCCUGCCCAGUGUGGCCUCGGAGGAGCUGCUACUCGAGGUGCAGCACGAGCACCUGGAGCUCACCAUCGCUGUGCUGCUGGCAGUCCCCGGCGACGCCGAACACUGCCUCCUGGUGGCCUGGCCCCUGGAAGGGCUGGCCGGGAACCUCUGGCUGCAGGAUUUGUACCCGGCAGAGGCUGCCCGGCUGCAGGCCCUGGAUAACCGUGACGCUGGGGCCCGCCGGCGGCUGCUGCUGCUGCUGUGUCGUGUCUGCCAGGGCCACCCCGCCCUGAGGCGGCUGGGCCGGGCCCACCUGACCCAGGUGGUCCUGCAUCUCGGGGAAGAGGAGGUGGGCUGGGCUGAGGAGGCCUUGGGGGGGCGCUUCCUGCAGGCCUUGGAGCUGCUCGUCAGCAGCCUGGAGCGGGCGCACCUGCCCUGCCAUUGCAACCCCAGCAUCAACCUCUUUGACGGCCUGCGUGAGGAGGACAUUGACGACAUUGGCUACGCGCUGUACCUCGGCCUUCAGGCCCCAGAGGGGCUGCUGUAGGCGGGUGGGAUGGGGUGGCGGCAUGUGUUCUGAUGCUGGUAAGCUGCAGUCUCCUCCCUUCCAGGGAUUUGGAGAGCAUUUCUCUUACUUUUAGCCAGAAGCAAAGAGGGUGCAUUAUGUAAGCCCACGGGGUUAGCACGUGCAUAGGCGACAGUCACUUGGAACCCUCUGAGCCCAGAGUGCUUGGGUUGCUGUCACGUGAGUGUGGCUGGACUGCCCAGGCAGCCCAGAGUGCCACCACACACAUGCACCCCGUCAGCCUCUGGGCCGGACCCCAGGACCUUGGGCUUGCUCCAUCACCAGCAGUGAAUCUGGCUUCUGCCGUCCUAGGUGGGCAGUAAGGCCAGCUCCGUUUUUCUGUUGAGGGUGAGUUGGUGCUUUCCUCAGGUGCCGCAGCUCCAGGCAUGUCGAAGCUUCUGGUGCUGAAUGGUAAACACUAUGUGUUUGUUCAUCCCCAGGGGCCGGAGUCACCUGGUCCGCACGGAAUGCUGCUUUUUGGCUGGUGUUUGCAGUGUCCUCGGUCUAGUUUGCUUGUUGAGCUCUCUCCUCCAGCCUGGAGUGGGAGCUGAGCCUGAUGUGCUGCCCAUCUCACACCUCUGGGGCAGGCCCUUUUCCCUCCAAGUAGGCGAGUUUUCCCUUCGCGCAGUGGAGGCCCCGGGGCGGUUGGCCGAGGUUCUGGGCUACCUGCCUUGCCCAGAGCCAAAGGAAUCCUGAUAGCUGCUACUGGACCCUCCUGGAGGGGCCUCCCAGUGGCCACACGAACUGUUCUCAGCCUCCGCCUGUGUUCUCACUGCAGCGUGGGGGGGGGCUGAGGAAGGGGGGCCUGCCUCCCCCCUAGGCGGCCCUCCUCAUCUUGGUGUCCUUCCUGCUGUAGCAGAGCUGUGCCUCAAGGAAUGUGAACAACAAUAAAAGGACAAAUUCA